AAGGCACUGAUGGUGCAUUUUUCUCAUAAUGAAAUAUACAUAGCAGGCUCAAAAUUUCAUAAUUAUAUAUAUAAAGCAAAAAUAAAAUUUACAAAACAUGCUCAAACUUUUGAAAUUAUAAAAAUGUAAAUGAAAUUCACAAAGCAUGCUUGAAUCAAUAAAAUUUACGAUGCAUAGAAUUAAUUAAAUAAAGCAUCACAUUUAAAAGACUGGGGUACUUCCGUUAAAUUUUUCCGUAAGCAUGCUUUAUUUAACGUAAUGCUUUCUUUCAUUAAAUUUCUUUCACAGAAUGGGAUUCAAAGUUAAGCUAAGAGUAACAUAAAAGAAAGGAAUGCAACGUACAAAUCUUAUUGUUUAGUAAAAGACUUAUAUUUUAUUUACUUAAUAAUUUUUUUAGAAAAAAAAAAAGAAAAAAAAUAGGCCCAGACGAGACACUGGGCCUAAGACAGCCGACUCACAGGCCUCAUGUCAGGUCCACCUCUCAUAUAUAUAGAGGAUAUUGCAUAGAUGUAUGCUUGGAAUACAAGUACGUAGAAUCCUACUACAAUAUCAGCCCUAUUACAACUAGGUUAAGCAACUUUGGCACACAAUAACUCCUGAGUCUCUUCGUUUUCCAAAAGCCUCAAUACAAAUCUCUCUCCCUCUCCCUCUCUCUCUCUCUGUCGGUGAGAAGAAUUGAAGGAGACGAUGGCAAUGCAGAAGUGUGUGCUUAAGCUUCCAGGCCUGUGCGCUCGUUCAAAGUUUCGCAGUGGCUUAUUGAGCAAGCAGAUUCCUCAGCUCAAACUCCAUGGAACUCGUGCUCUGUCUGAAGAAGGGCUUCGAGGAUCAAGGUCGUUAAAACCUACCUCCGCUUCUGGAAGUUCACAGGAGCAUCCUCUUUCAUUGAUGGAAACUGAAUAUGAAAAGCUUCGGGUUGAGAUGAAGAAGAUGCACAGUGAAUUAGUGAGGCACAUUUCUGAGUCAGUGAAAUCUAAUACAAGUCGGCAACAGGAGCAUAAGUUUUCAAAGAUGGAAUUUGAAUCGGAUAAGGUUCAGAAAGACUUCCAAAACAUGAUCAGAGAUGAGAUUGGCGAGAAAUUCAACAAAAUAAGUCAAGAACUUGCUGCACUAGGUGCUGAGGUUGAAGUCAUACACAAUCAGACGAAAUUAUGUUCGGUGGCCUCAGUCUUUUUUAUUGGGACUACUAUUGGGACUACAAUUUGUAACUUGCGAUGGUAUAACGCGAUGGUAUAACUGAAUGUUACAUUAUCACUACCUAUCAGUAUUCCAGUCUUACGUUAUCAGAUUCUGUAUUUGUCUCAGGUUAACAAGCGAAAAUAUGUAGGCGUUAGGACUUGUUGGUUGGACUUGUUAAA